CUCUUACUCGGCCUUCUCUUUGCAACCAGCUGCAGGCGGAGCUCGCAAAUAGUCAUUUCCGGGAAACCGCCGCUUGCUUUGUGGAGUGCAACAUGGAGACGACUAGUGGAACUGGUGAGCCGGUUGCCGGGGAACUGGUGUCUGUGGCACAUGCUCUUUCUCUCCCAGCCGAGUCUUAUGGCAAUGAUCCUGAUAUUGAGAUGGCUUGGGCCAUGAAAGCAAUGCAGCAUGCUGAAGUCUACUACAAGCUGAUUUCAUCAGUUGACCCACAGUUCCUGAAACUCACCAAAGUGGAUGACCAAAUCUAUUCAGAGUUUCGGGAAAAUUUUGAGAAACUCAGGAUAGAUGUGUUGGAUCCAGAAGAGCUCAAAUCAGAAUCAGCUAAAGAGAAGUGGAGGCCAUUCUGCUUGAAGUUUGACGGGAUUGUGGAAGACUUCAACUAUGGUACUUUGCUGCGACUGGAUUGUUCCCAGGGCUACACUGAGGAAAACACCAUCUUUGCCCCCAGGAUACAAUUUUUUGCCAUUGAAAUUGCUCGGAACCGGGAAGGCUAUAACAAAGCAGUUUACACCAGUGUUCAUGACGAAGAAGAGAAAGAAGGCAACCAUGGAAGAGAGGAAGGAACUGACAGUGGAGGGGCAGAAGAGAAAGGAGCCAACAGAGAAAGAGAAAAAGCAAAAACCAGUAAAGGAGCAGAAAAAGAGAAAAGAGCCAACAAAGAAAUCAGCAAGAGUGGUGAAACAGCUCUGUAAGGUAGACAAGGAACAGCACUCUGGAAGCUGUGACUCAACUAAGUCUACAGAUACUGUGAUGCUACUUGCACGGACUCCUGUGGUUAAAUGUAUGUCCUUGUGCAAUUGAAACACAUACAGAAGGACAUUCUUUCUAGCCUAAUCAUCAGGAGCUACUCCGGUUGUUCUCUUGUAUGAGCCAGCUUAAAGACUAUUAGUGGGGUCUUAGUUGAGCAUUUCUUGGUAUAGUGUUUCUUGGUUCUCACCACUGGUCAAAUAAGAAAUUUUAUGAAUAAAUUUCUUUUGGUUCUUAGGACUAUAUCUGUAAUUGACUUUUAAAAGAUAUUUCAAAUUAUUUGACACUUUAGGUUUUUUUCAGGUAUGUAAUCUCUCUGUCAUGUCUUAAUAUAAAGUGAUUUAUGCCUGUUUUUAAAUGCUUAUCAUUGUUUCCUGCGGUGAAGUUUCCUCAAGCCUGUUAAGUUGUAUAUGGUUUGGGGAUUAGAAGUUCCUAUGUAACAAUUAAUUCCUGCUAUUUGAGUAAGUACAGCUUUCUGAUUUUCUUUGAUAUAUGUGGCAAAAUAUUUGAUGAAUACUCUGUGGAGAUAAGAGCUGGGGCCUGAACCUGUCAGACCAGUGAAUGCAGCCCAGUUCACAUUAGAAGAGCAGGACACUGGACCUGCUUCAGGAUCUGCUUCUCUUCUGGUACUGAAGUUGUUACCUGAAAGCUAGCAGAGAUUAAUAAGUAUAAAGCCUGGUAGAGUGACUUCCCUUUUAUAAUGCUGUGGACAAUAGCAUACAUUUACAUAGUAACAUAAAAUGAACAUUUUUAAAUGAUAUUUCGUCAGACUCCACAAAUAAACCUGUUGAUUUUAUAUAGAUGGAGGGGUUUCUUCUCAUCUAAUGACUUUUAGGAAUGCAUGUUUCAGUUAUCUUUACAUAUGUAUAAAGGUUUGUGCAUAUCCCCAUAAACUCCCUGACCUUGAUUGCUAAAACUAGUUAGAGGAAGCCACAAUGUUUAUAGUGCAUACAGUAAAUACUCUGAAAACUCUAACCACAGCAUGAUCAUUCAAGAAAAGAUUUAUCAGAGCAGAGAAGGGGGAGAAAUGAGGUUUUUUCCCCCUGGUGGACAGAAUAAAAAUAAAAGUUAAACUUAACUGAUGAAUUCUUUUCUAGGCAAGAGCUGAACUAGAGAUACAUACAGCUAGCAGCAACAACUGUGCACAAAACUAGGUUUCUCUGUGGAUUCUUUUUAGCCAGUUCUUAAAAAUAUUUAAAACAUUUGUUAGACUUUUAAUUUUACAAAAAAUAUGCUUUUAAAUA